ACACGUAUUGAACUCUACGAAUUCAAAUCAGCUACUCCACUUGAAGUGGCGCUGCGCUAAAACCGUGAAAUCACAUCCACAUUAAUACAUCGAGGGCCGUGAUUCUCGGUUUUAGCUGAGCACUACCCGGUCGGGAGUAGCUGAUUUUUCUGUGUCUGUACUCACGUUUAAGACGGUGGUUUCCCGUUUCACAUGCUGACAUUUACCUGCUGCAAGGCUGAAACCCAUACAAGUCGGGGAGCAAAGAUUCGUCUCUGGUUUUUUGUUCUUCUCUUGGAAGUUUGAUUUGAAGUGAUUGAGGAUGGUGACUGAAAUUCGAUACUUUGAGUUGAAUACUGGAGCCAAAAUCCCUUCGCUAGGCUUAGGAACGUGGCAGGCUGAGCCAGGACUCGUUGGAGAUGCCGUCGCUGCUGCUAUCAAGGCUGGCUAUGGACAUAUUGAUUGUGCUCAGAUUUAUGGAAAUGAGAAAGAGAUCGGUUUGGUCUUGACGAAGCUUUUCAAAGAUGGUAUAGUGAAGCGUGAAGAUUUGUGGAUUACCUCCAAACUCUGGUGUACUGAUCAUGCACCAGAAGAUGUCCUAAAAGCAUUAGAUAGAACUUUGCAGGAUUUGCAGCUUGACUAUGUUGAUUUGUAUCUUAUCCAUUGGCCAGUCCGCAUGAAAAAGGGGUCAAUUGGCUUUAAUGUGGAGAACGUUAUAGAACCUGACAUUCCCAACACAUGGAGAGCAAUGGAAGCACUCUAUGAUUCUAGAAAAGCUCGUGCUAUUGGUGUGAGUAAUUUCUCUUCAAAAAAGUUGGGGGAUUUGUUGAACAUAGCACGCAUUCCUCCUUCUGUCAAUCAGGUGGAAUGCCAUCCUAUAUGGCAACAGAACAAGCUACAUUCAUUCUGUAAAUCCAAGGGAAUUCACCUAUCUGGGUAUUCACCAUUGGGUUCUCGAGGCACAGCGGGGGUAAAGACUGAUGUCCUUGAGCAUCCUAUUCUGAACAUGAUAGCAGAGAAGCUUGGCAAGACUCCUGCACAGGUGGCUCUUCGGUGGGGACUUCAAAUGGGUCACAGUGUGCUUCCUAAAAGCACCAAUGAAAAGAGGAUUAAGGAGAAUUUGGAUGUUUUUGACUGGUCUAUACCAGAAGAUUUAUUUGUCAAGUUCUCUGAAUUUGAGCAGGCAAGGUUGAUUACAGGAAGUUUCUUUGUUCAUGAGACUCUGAGCCAUUAUAAAACCGUCGAGGAAUUAUGGGAUGGCGAGAUCUAAGAAUUUCAUUUCAUGGAUGAAUCUUAAUCUACAUCUUUAUCGGAGAUGAAACCCAUCAGAUGUUCUCUUUGAUUAGUAAAACUAAAUUUCUAUGUUCAAAUUCAGACUGAGCGAUAGGAUUUUUAGAUGGUAAAUAGAAUAUGAUCAGUUGAUACAAUUUUCUUAUUUUGAAGUGGUCAACGGUUUUAGCCUUUUAGGUCUCUGACUCUGGUGGUUAGGUCUCUUAUUUUAUAUGCAUGAUACUGUAGAAUUUGCUUCUUUUCAA